AUAAUUUUUGAGUUGUAAAACUUAUAAUAGUGCUGUCAGUCACGUACGUCAUGAUGUCAUGAUAUUAUUAUCUAUUGUUCAACACUGAUUCGGAAGCUUUAAUAUUUAUCUAGUUUUUCCGCUGGCUUUUGGUUGUGUGACUGUUUAGUUAAUAUAAUUUUUUGCUUAGCUAGACUCAUGUCAUAGAGGGAGAAAACCAGUAUAAUGUCUAAGUUUCAGGAUAAAAAGAUGAGUGGCUCUUGUGUGGAGACUCCGGAAGCACCAGCUUGGCUGUCGAAGCUAGAAAGUCAGAGGGAAAAGUUAAGCAAAGCGCGACUUGGGCAUGAUAGUGGAGCCGGUGCGCCUUGCAACUCUUGCGGACCAUCAUGUCCUGGCCUAGACCUACACUUCUGGAGGAAGGUGUGCCGCUCCUGUCAUUGCAGCAAAGAUGUCCAUGAUGUACAAGAUGAUGACCUAUCGGGAUGGGCACAGUUUGAGCUUCUUGGCACUGCUAGGCCGAAAAAGGCUUCAUUACCACUGAUAAAAAUUCGAGGAGUAACAGACAAACCUGUGAAACUUGAUUGGGUGCCUCCAAAUGCAUCUACAGAGUUGGUAUCAGAGUAUAUGUCAUGCCUGGGCUCCUUGGCCCCAGUAUCCGGUUCGGAAGCGGCCCGGCGUCGUCGCGCUCAACUGCGGACGCAACUACCACCUCACGAUGUCGCUCCAGAUGUCAGACAACAUGCCAGUGACUUUGAGAAGUCAGAACACACUGAAUACAUUACUCGCAUCAAAGAUCAUGUCGUGGGUAUGGGUAACGUCGUCAGAGUGGGACCUCUGCAAAAUGGAGAUGUCUUCUCAGUCGAAAGCAGCAAAACCCAUUCCGCAACAAAAUCCUAUGCCUUGCCUCUUAAAAUAUCCAACGUAUCUCGAGGAGUCAAAUACAAUAUCGUGCCUAAAAAUGCUUCCGACAAAAAGUUGGUCUUAGAUACACAAGGAAAUGUCGUGAGCAGUGCCGCUAAUCUUCCAGAUUACAAGUCCAGUCCUAUACUGAGUCGUAUCGUCAAAGACAAACUCCAUGUGAUGCGCAUUGAAUCGGACAGAAUUAAGAGCGCAGUUGAACAUGGUCCUGUUUACGAUAAACUGUUUAAGAACUUGGAGGACUUGAACAUGCCUGUUACUAAUGACGUUUAUCUGCAACCAAUCAAGCUCUUCCGCGAAGAGUACAACAAUAAUGCUCAGUUCAAGGAUGAAACCACUGAGUUCUCCAGCAAAUCCCUUGGCGCCCAAAUCAUGCCAGACUUAUGGUCUAACAGCAAUAACAACGUAAUGGGUACAGCUAAAAUGCUAGAUAGCAGAAUACAGAAGGGCACUAUAUUUGCGCCGAAUGGAGAGAUUUGGAGCUGGAAACAUGAACCUGUGACUCCUGAACACAGCGGUACUCUCUGCUCUACAAAGAUCAAUCCGCAGUACUCUACUGUCACUAAGCCUAUAAAUCAGGUGGAACCACAACAGACUGCGCCUCUGCGAGAGUACCUUAGAAGUCACUCCGAAGAUGACCUCCCACCUCCACCUCUGCCAAACUAUAGCACAUAUCCCGGUGCUGUCCCUCCACCACCAGUACCAGACUGGAACAACCAGCCUGUUGACAAUAUUCACCCUGUUGGAGAAAAUGCCGAUUAUCUGGCACUCCCACAGAACUAUGGUGAAGGUACUGAGCAGAUUAUUGACCAGCUUGCAGACUUGUCGCUCAGUCCUGCUGAGGUGGAGUUCAACAGGAAGCUGUACAAUGAAGGAGUUCCCUGCCAGCGCUGUAAUAAGUCGAUGUUCGCGGGCGAAGUCGCGGUGAAGGCAGAGAGGGCUGGACACGAGGCCAUCUGGCAUCCUCAGUGCUUCACAUGCAGCAAAUGUAACGAGUUACUCGCCGAUCUUGUGUACUUCUUCUACAAAGGCGAGAUUUACUGCGCUAGAGAUUUGGCCGAUGUUUUGGAGAUUCCCCGUUGCGCAGGAUGUGACGAGCUGAUAUUUACCCGUCCGUAUACAGCUGCGGAAGGAAGGGCGUUCCAUGUACAACAUUUCUGCUGUUAUCACUGCGAUGCUCCGCUUGGCGGGAAAAAGUACGUCCCCGAUGAUAAGACGGGUCUACCGAUUUGUUUGCAAUGUUAUGACCAGUUCUAUGCAGAGCGUUGUCGCGCUUGCAGUGGGGUCAUAGGGCCGGAGCAGCAGGGAGUAUCGUGGGGCAACAUGCACUGGCACGCAGAUUGCUUUAUAUGUUCAGGCCGUAUGUGCGGAAAGAGCCUGUUAAGCGGACGCUUUGUCGUCAAACAAGAGAUGCCAUUUUGUAGCGUGCCAUGUGUUCAGAGCAGAAUUAAGUAAAUGUAAUGUAAGUUGUUUGUGUAAUGCAAAGAGUAUAUUUUGUCCCUAGAUGCCAAUUAUAAUAUUUUUAUAUAAA